AUGGCGAACACUAGAUUGCAAUACCGCCGACGGAACCCGUACAACACGAGGUCCAACCGUGUCCGCAUCAUCAAGACCCCUGGUGGAAACCUUCGGUACUUGCAUAUCAAGAAGAAGGGUACCGCUCCCAAGUGCGGUGACUGCGGCGUCAAGCUCCCUGGUGUCCCCGCUCUUCGCCCUCGUGAAUAUGCCCAGAUCUCUCGUCCUCGCAAGAACGUCUCUCGCGCAUACGGUGGUUCUCGCUGCGGUAACUGCGUCAAGGACCGCAUCGUCCGUGCUUUCUUGAUUGAGGAGCAGAAGAUCGUCAAGAAGGUCCUUAAGGACUCCCAAGAAAAAGAGAAGGCCGCCUCUCGCAAGCGCUAA